GCGUUGGGCAGCACGACAACGUUUUGUUUUUACGGCAGCACAAGAUUGGAUAUUUUUGUAAUAAUAUUAAGAAAAAAUGGCCACAAAAAGACCAAAUAAUAGUGUAGUGCUGGUGCCGGAAUCUAAGCGCAGCAAAACAGAGCUAGCGGCGUACACAAAUCGAGAUAAAGCUCUACUGGAAGCGGGCGUGCGCCGCACUUCAAAUCUGCAAGCGCCCAUUAUGCAGCUAGAGGGACAUGAGGGCGAAAUAUUUACAACGGAGUUUCAUCCAGAAGGCGAAAUGCUUCUCUCCUCCGGCUAUGAUAGACAGAUAUAUAUAUGGCAGGUGUAUGGAGACUGUGACAAUAUAUCCGCCAUGUCUGGACACACCGGUGCAGUGAUGGAGGCACAUUUUACAACCGACGGCAGUCAUAUCUUCACUUGCUCAACGGACAAGACGCUGGCCAUUUGGGAUAUUGUAACUGGACAACGUGUGCGUCGUCUUAAAGGACACACAAACUUUGUAAAUAGUGUGCAGGGCACGAGACGCGGCCAGCAAUUGCUCUGCUCCGGUAGCGAUGACCGCACCAUAAAGAUCUGGGAUGCGCGCAAAAAACAGGCGGUUCACACGUUAGAAACGCCGUUUCAAACUACGGCGGUUUGUUUUGGUGACACCAGCGAACAGCUUAUAAGCGCCGGCAUUGACAAUGAGCUCAAGAUUUGGGAUAUUCGCAAGCAGCAAGUGCUGCAUCAACUACAAGGUCAUACGGAUACCAUAACAGGCGUGUCCUUAUCCCCAGAGGGUGAUUUUGUGCUGAGCAAUGCCAUGGACAAUACGCUGCGCGUAUGGGAUGUGCGUCCUUAUGCGCCAGGCGAGCGUUGUGUCAAGGUGUUCCAAGGACAUCAGCAUAACUUUGAGAAGAAUCUAUUGCGUUGCGCUUGGUCGCCGGGCGGAGAUAAAGUUACCUGCGGCUCAGCUGAUCGUUAUGUCUACGUAUGGGAUGUUACUUCACGACGCAUUAUGUACAAACUUCCCGGACAUAAUGGCAGUGUCAAUGAUGUGGACUUUAGUCCGCGUGAGCCGCUCAUAGUUUCCUGUUCCAGCGAUAAAACCUUGUACCUAGGCGAGAUUGAGGAUUAAGUUGUAUCACAAAUAAGUUUUUAUUUUCAACGCUUAAUAAAUAUGGAAUUUAAACUUAGAA